CGCCUGUUUAUGGGAGGGGUAACUGAGUGGGCGUGGUCUAUUGGGUCGUUCUCCCACAGUGGGCGAUACGGGAAGGGGCGAAUCGUCUUGGUUGCCUAGCAACGGGACGCUACAGUCGGUGACGGUGAUUUCCUCGUCGCCGGAGACCCCCGAACCGCAAGAUGCCGCCCAAGAAGAAGAAGGGGAAAGGAAGCGCCGCGGGGAAGAAGGAGAAGCCGGCGGAGAAGGCCAAAGCGGAUCCGGUGUCCGAGGAGAGCAAGGAGCAUUACCUGCUGCAGAUCCGGGACCUGGAGGGCCGCCUGGACAGAUAUCAGAAGAAAUGGGAUGAAAUUUGCGCAAAGGAGAACUUCUACCAGACGCAGUUUGACCAGCUUUCUAGUGACAAGAAGGAGAUUGUGUCAUUUCUCAAGCACACCCUGAACCAGCGCAUGGACGAAAUAGCCGACCUGAAUGACCAGCUGACCGGACUGCAGCAAGCCAAGGAGGCCGAGAAGGACGCAUAUGAGACGCAGCUGGCGCAGAUGAGGCAUCAGUUCCAGGAGACGAAGGAGCAGCUGACAUCAGAGAACAUGUUGUUAGCGGGCAAACUAGCCUCCCUGGAGGAGUUCAGGGUGCAGAAAGAGGACCUGAUGGCCAAGUUUGCUGCAUUGGAGGAGAAGUUAAGGAAACAGGAAGAAGAGCACAAAGACAUGAUGUAUAAGCUUGAGAAGAAAGCGGUGCUGGAUAAGGACAGGUUAAAGAAGGAAAUGGUGCAGAGGGUGAACACUGUGGCAGCUGAAUUCCGCAGAGUGUCAAACGAUCAAAUGGCGGAGACCUCAAAGCGCGCGAUCCGCGAGAAUGUAGCCAUCAGCUCCCAGCUGGCUAAGAUGUCAGAAAAGAGCUUAGAGCUGAUCCAAGAGAAUGACGAGCUGAAAGAACAGGAAUUGGAGCUGAGGAAAAAGCUGGAGAUGCUGGAGGAGAACGAGAAGGAGUUCGUGAAAAACAACCUCAGCAACCAAAAGCUGAUCCAUAUGCUGACGGAGAAAUGCCAUCAGCAGCAGAAAAUGUUAGACUUGGCCAUGGAGAAGGAGCAGGAACUGAAUGAGCUGCACAUGGAGCAUCGGUCGCUUCAAGAGGAGGAACAAGCGCUAAGGCAGAGAGUGAUGUCCCUGGAAGAAGAGAGACAAAGACUGAUGGACGGGAUGAACAAAGCCGACCAGCAGCUAGAAGAGGAGGUGAAGAAGAAGCAGUCGGUGGAGAGAGUCUUAGGUCAGGCAGCGUCUUCUCUGAAGGACUUGCUCAUGGAAAAGUCAAGUGAUGGGGAAGAUGAUCAACAAGUUGACUCCAUAGCAAGACAGAACCAGAUGCUGCACAGUCUCCUGGUGUUACUGAACAGCGCGGCCGCACUAGGACUGGGACCUGCCUUAAGUGAAUUCCAGAGCAGAGACACCUUCUAUGUGGAGCAGCAUAUGCCGCCCAAGGGCCACAGGCGGACAGUGUCCCCCACCCUGAAGGGUCCUGGUGUCAUCCCUCAUUAUCAGAUGGGAGAUCUGGGACUGGUGCCAAGGCAAGAUGUCUCCAACGCGAUACUCAGCAAGAUCGGGAUGUUGUCCAGAACCACCAAGCUUGGUCCAAUACAAGCCAACCCUGCCCUAGCCAAGGACCUGCUUACACUAAGCCAAGAUGGGAAACUUCCAAAACAAAAAGCGUUACCAGGAAUCUCUUCCACGUCGACCAGCAAUGGCCUCCUAAUGGCUAAAUGACGAUGGACGGCAUCUAAACACACAAGUAGAUAGGAGUUGUAAAGCUAGAAUGAUGAUUUUAAAGAUUAAUGGAUGCAACAGGCCAUUAAAAGUCAUGUGACCAGCAUACAAUUGUAGACAUAUGCUUUUUUCACUAUGGCUAUACCUUUCUCCGUGCGUUCCUACGGCAUGUAGCCCCCCAAAUUGACGUUAGUGAGGAACCAAAAGAAAGUGAAUACACAGCGAAAGAUCUGUCAAUCACUGUCAUCAAUGUCAAAUUCACAUUUCUUUAGAGAGAAUCGUGACUGUUUCCCAUGUGGAAACAUCUGGUGCGGAAAUCUGACCGGCCAAUUCUUUCUUCGGAAUAUGCUCAGAAACGCAUUGCCGUCUAUGGAAACUGCACGAUUUAGAACGGUCCUAGCGCUGGCAUGGCUUUAGUGUCAUUAAAAAAAUAAAAUAAAACACAAAAAAUAUAUAUUUUUUACCAGUCAUGCAGACAUGUCAAAUAUUUUGAUCAGUCAGGGUCCCGGACCACUGUCUCUCAACCAGUGUGCCUCCAGCUGUUGCAAAACUACUCCAGACAGUCUUGUACUUUUGCAA